GUUUUAUUUAUGUUAUUUCUUGUGUAUUUUUUUCGUACAGAAUUUGACCUAGGGAGUAAAACAGCUGCCGGCAAAUGAUAAACGUGCAACAAAAUCAUUUUCAAAAAAAAUCUGUGAAAAUACGCCAUACAAAGCAUCUAAAGAUCUGAAACAUGUCAUAAAAUCUCCUGAACUGUUUUCAUUUCUUGAAGAAAAUAAGAUUUUAUGAAUAUUUUCCAUGUAAAUACAAUUCAUUUUUUUCGCAUCGUAAAUUUUAAUGCGAGCUACAUGUUUUCGCUUCAAGUCAUGAAUUACGAAUGAGCUGUGCUGUGAGACCGUGCCACGGUUUUGACAUCGAAAUGGAGCAUCAAACACAGCAAAUCCAUUGAACUGAAAUCGUUCAACCGAACUGUCAGAUCACAAGACCACGACGUUAAACAAACGUCAAGUGUGCGAUAAAUAGAAAAAAGAACGAUUUUAACUGAGCGCAUCAUGUACUGAUCAAUUUGUCGUUGUCGCACCUCAUCUUAUCUCGUCUAAUGAAUUAGUUCAAUAGGACUUGCAGUGAGAGACCAACAAUAAAGCAGUUCCUCGUUGCCAACACAUUAAUUUUUAUUCUAGUGUGCGACAACCUUCGAACCGGACAAAUUGAAAUCAAGCAGUCAGAUGAUGAAAUUUUCCAUGCAAUCGAGCUAAAAACUGUUUUUUUUUUCUUCUGUUCAUUUUGGUGGAGUGUGUCAGGAAUUCAGUCCAGUUAUCGCGAGCGAAUCCGGUUGACGUCAUCACAUUGUUUUGAUUUCGAUACGUGUCUUGUGAUUCUACCUUCACAUUCCCAAUUAGUUGGUACGAAUUAUCAAGCAAUUUUGCAGCAAAAAAAAAAUGUCGUGGAUGCGUGACAGUAGUUUGAAUUGGGCGCAAAAAUUUGCGCUCAAAGUGAUAAAAACAGGGAAAAUUCCGCGUCAUGUGGCGUUUAUUAUGGAUGGCAAUCGACGUUAUGCGAAAAAAUUGCACUUGACUACGAGCACUGACGGGCAUGUGCACGGUUUUGACAAACUCGCCGAAGCACUGCAAUGGUGUUUGGAUAUUGGCAUUGAAGAAGUCACCGUUUAUGCAUUCAGUAUUGAGAAUUUCAAACGCGAUGAAUCCGAAGUCAACGCUCUACUGGAAUUGGCACGUGAAAAAUUCAACAAAUUUAUGGAGGAAAGUGAUGAGCUGAACAAACGUGGAAUUUGCAUUCGAAUGAUUGGCAAUUGGAAACUGCUGCCGGUUGAUCUACAAAAAUCUAUGGCCGAUGCAAUGCUAAUGACUAGGAAUAACAACAAGGCAUUUUUAAAUGUGGCAUUUGCGUACACAUCACGCGAUGAAAUUACCGAAUCCAUACGGGAUAUUGUCGAUGGUGUGAAACGAAAUGAAUUGGAAUCAAAUGACAUCACCGAUGAUCUGAUACGACGAUGUAUGUACAGUGGCAAGUCAUCGGAUCCCGAUCUAUUGGUUCGAACUUCUGGAGAGUCACGAUUAUCGGACUUUUUACUGUGGCAGGCAUCGACUUCAAUAAUUUACUUCACAAAAACUCUUUGGCCGGAAUUUACGUUUUGGCAUUUGUUGGCGGGCGUUUUCUACUAUCAACGACACUAUCAAUCGAUGCACAGUGUUAAGCGAUCUCUGCACCAAUUUUCCAGUGUCAUGGACGAUGAAUCGUUCACAAAAGACCUCGAACAAGUGAGGCAAACGUCCAAUAUUGCUGAGAUCGAAACCAGUUCCAAACUUGCCACAUUCAGCCAACGAGCUACAGAAUUUUUGGAGAAAUUCGAUAAGCGAAAAUACAACCAACUAGUGGAAUUGUCUACGAUUAAAGUAUGAAUAAAUUUGAGUGUAUAUAUUUAUUUGUUGUACUUCAAGUGGAAAUUUAUAAUGGGAAUAACAUAAUUUAUCUCAAAUAAGAGAGAAUAUUUGCUUUGUUAAUACCAAUAAAUCGAAUCACAUCUGUGUAGAUUUAGUAAAA